CAUUAAUUAAAUUAUAUACAAAGCACCUUGAUCAUCACCGCUGGCCUUUGAACAUACCUCUCUCAGCUCUCUCUGAGACUUGAGGACCUGUACGGAGAUCAUGGAUUACAUGAUUGAAGUAAAUCACCAGAGGAUCAAAACCAACGGAAUUUGGCUGCAUGUAGCAGAAAAAGGAACAGGUCCUCUUGUUCUCUUGCUUCAUGGCUUCCCAGAACUCUGGUAUGCUUGGCGCCACCAGAUCAACCACUUGGCCGAGAAUGGCUACCAUGUGGUGGCGCCUGACUUGAGAGGCUAUGGUGACUCUGAUUCUCCUCUCAACCCCAAUUCCUACACCAUUUUCCACAUAGUUGGAGACCUCGUCGGCUUACUUGACCAUUUUGGUCAACGGAAGGCAUAUGUUGUGGGGCAUGAUUGGGGAGCUGUUGCUGGGUGGCAUUUGAGCUUGUUUAGGCCUGAUAGAGUGAUAGGGCUGGUAAAUCUAACUGUUCCAUACUUUCCAAGAUCUCCAACAACUAAAACUACAGAAGCAAUCAGAGAAUUGUAUGGAGAUGGAACUCAUGUCAUUCAAUUCCAGGAACCAGGAAGAGCAGAGAGAGCGUUUGCAAGGUAUGACUACACGACGGUGAUGAAGAAGUUCUUGCUGAUAACCGACAACAUGAUAGCUCCUCCGGACAUGGAAUUUAUUGAUUUCCUGGACACAAAAUCAGCAUUGCCAGCGUGGCUAACUGAAGAAGAUAUCCGGGUCUUCGCUGAAAAAUUUGAGGAAUCUGGAUUCACUGGUCCUUUGAACUACUAUCGUGCAAUGGACUUGAGUUGGGAGCUUCUUGCACCCUGGCAAGGAUCGAAAAUUACGGUACCUGUGAAGUUCAUGAUUGGUGACAAAGAUUUCGGCUUUAAGUCACAUGGAACAAGUGAAUUUGUGCUAGGUGAUGAUUUCAGGAGCCUUGUCCCCAACCUUGAAGUGGUUGUUAUAGGCGGCCACCAUUUCAUCGAGCAAGAGAACCCUCAAGAAGUCUCCAGCCAAAUACUUUCCUUCCUGCGUGAACAUCCUGUAGAUCAAUGAAAUUGUUUAGUGUGCUUCUGAAUAAAUCCCAAAUGGUUUGUGGGGUAUAUUGAACCAAUAUGGGGUUCAAUUAAAACCAUCCUUUUCUUUGUUCUGUAUCAGGGUUGGAUGAUUUUCUGUGCUUUGUGUUUGUUCUUUCUUCUUCUUAAGGCAUUUAGAAAUUCUGUUUAUAACCUAAUGUAAUGGCCUCUUUGACAUGCCAAAUUAACCACCACCUGGUUUGUGAAAUAA